AUGUCAGCCUUCGACUUGAACGAUGUUGCGGUGGCUCUGCGUGAAGCCCGUCUUCAAACAACUCCUAUUGAUCCUCCCACCAAGUCUUGGCCCAGCCUAGAUGCCGACGGCGGCUUCAAGGUCCAAGAGAUCAACUCUAUUUAUGCGGUUAAGAAUGGCGACCGAUUGGUCGGUUAUAAGCUUGGCAACAUUGCCAAAGUGAUGCAAACUGCCUUCGGCCUCGACCACCCAGACUACGGGUUCCUCCACGCAAGCUCCUUCGAGUACGAAGGCACAUCUAUCCCACUCAACAAGUAUAUCAAGCCAUUUGUUGAGUUAGAGCCUGCGUUUGUUCUGAAGGCCCCUCUCAAGGGACCAAAUGUCACCGUCGCCGACGUUAUUAGUGCAAUUGACUAUGCCAUUCCCGCUAUUGAGAUCAUCGACUCCCGUGUCAAGAACUGGGCCAUUGAUCUCCCCGAUACUCUUGCUGAUAAUGGAUCUACUGGUGCUAUCAUCCUUGGUGGUACUCCUCGCAGGAUUACCGAUCUGACUCUUAGCAACUGCCGUGGCUACUUGGAGCACAAUGGCAAAGAGGUCAUGUCAGGCAACACCAGGAACAUCCUUGGUAACCCUCUCGCAGCUGUUGCUUGGCUGAUCAACCGACUGUCUGAAUAUGGUGUUGAAUUUGAGGCUGGUCAAAUUAUUAUGCCUGGAAGCUGUUUGGAGGCUAUCCCAAUGAAAGUUGGACAAUGGUCUGGCACAUAUGAAGGAUGGGGCACAGUUGAGUUUGAGAUUGUAUAA